UUAUAUAUGGGGGAUUACGCAGCCGCAGUCGCAGCACAGCAGCCCUUCUACAUCUUCAAGCGAUCACCUGCUCAGCAACAACAACAGCAACAGCAACAGCAACAACAACAUCAGCAGCAACAGCCACAACAGCAACAGCAGCAACAUCCACAGCAGUUUCAAAAACAGCAACAACAGCAACAGCCUCAACAACAGGGCAUUAUUUUUCAGCCACCGAAUUUACUUAACAGCACACAGAUCAAGACCACUAUACCUUUUAACGGAGUUGAUUUUUACUCCUGAAGCUUCGAGUUUGAACUUUUGCGCAGU